AUGGACGGCAGCAAGGUGACGCUCAAGAUUUCCUCCAGAUCUACCAUCACCAAGCUCCAGGCUCCAGUCCGCUUUGGGAGAGGACCACAAGGUUCUGGUUUUCCAGGACGGCGUCGUCGUUCUUGGUCCGAUGAGCGUGUUCUUGACCGGCCGUUGGCGGCAUUGGCCGACAACCCAGCUGGUCUCUCAUUUAACGCUGUCAAGUCUGUUAUCAAGUCGCUCGACUCAGUCCAUCCGGAGGGCAUCACCUUGCUAGGAUCUUUCAUCGGCCCCAAGGCCGCCCCCCUGAGCAACUCCUCGACACCUCCAUUGCCCGCGAGCAGCAACUUGUCAACCAACUUCUUCGGCUCCCACGCCAGCUCGCGCUCGUUGCCCUGCGCAUCAGUGUACAGCAGAUUCCGCGCCACCUCAUGCGUGUUGUAA